CUGGCUGCGGGACCUCCCCGGCCUGUACGCUAGGGGGGAGCCUCCCUUGCCUAGGGGCCCGGCCGGCCAACACGAGCAGACAAAGCACAGAGCGAAAGCGAAAAAGCAGAAGCAUCCAGUACUGACACACUGCCUCUCACUCACGGCCUAUGACCCCUCCACAUCACUCCCCCCUCCUCGCUUCAAACGGAACACCUUCCGUCCAGUUCAAAAAUCAAAAGCCGCCGCUCCGGCGAAAGCACGGCACGGCGCUUCUCUCCUCCUCUCUUCUCCCAAUGCAGAUUGAUCGAGCAAAGAUCAUGGCUUUCCGCCUUUCGCCCAUUGCGUGAUUGAUUGAUCGAUUGAUUCCCUUCCCCCCCUGCCAAUCUUCUUCAAGCUGUAGCUCAAGAAUCUAUCUGGCCGAAGCUCCGGGGGCAGGCAAUGGCGGCUCUGGGGCUCUUCUUCUUGGCUGCCAUGGGGCUCUUGACGUCAGCGACUGUGUCGGCGGCGGCGGCGGUGCCGCGGCCGGAGGCGAAGCCGAGCGACACGGACGCGCUGACCAUGUUCAGACUAGGCGCCGACGCGCACGGCAUCCUGGCCAACAACUGGACCACCCCGGACGCCUGCGCGGGCCGCUGGGCCGGCGUGGGCUGCUCCCCGGACGGCCGCCGCGUGACCUCGCUCGCCCUCCCGUCGCUGGACCUUCGUGGCCCGCUCGACCCGCUGGCCCACCUCGCCUCCCUCCGCGCGCUCGACCUCCGCGGGAACCGCCUCAACGGCACCCUCCGCGCCCUCUUCCUCGGCGCCGGCGCCGGCGCCGAGGGCCUCCAGCUGCUCUACCUCUCCAGCAACGACCUCUCGGGGAACAUCUCCGGCGUUGCCCGCCUCUCCGGGCUAACCCGGCUCGACCUCGCAGACAACAGCUUCUCCGGCCCUGUCUCUCCGGAAGUGCUCGCGAACCUUACCGGGUUGCUCACUCUCAAGCUCCAGGACAAUCUCUUCGCGGGACUCCUCCCGGAUGUCGCGACAAUCCUGCCGCGGCUGGCGGAGUUCAACGCGUCCAACAACCGGCUCUCGGGACGUGUCCCCGACGCCGUGCGAGCCAGGUUCGGGCUCGCUUCCUUGGCCGGCAACGCCGGCCUCUGCGGUCUCGCGCCGCCAUUGCCGGCAUGCUCUUUCCUGCCGCCACGGGAGCCCGCACCGACAUCCCCGUCGCAGUCGUCCGUGGUGCCGUCCAACCCGGCCGCGUCGUCUUCUUCGUCUUCCGUGGCGCCGGCGGCGCUGGCCACGCCGGAAGGAGCUGGUGCCAGCAAGGGGGCCGGCCUCAGCGCCGGCGCCAUUGCUGGCAUCGCUGUUGGUAAUGCCCUCUUCUUGCUCGCUCUGCUGUCUCUGCUGCUCGCCUACUGCUGCUGCAUCAGCAAUGCCGGUCAUGGCCGCGAGACAGCCGCCCGGAAGAGGAACCGCGUCGGCCUGGAGGACGCCGACGGUGACGGGAUCUUCGGCGGCGGCCAUGGCAAGAUGCAGCCGGCUCGCCCCGGCAGCGCCACCGGCCGCUGCAGCGACGACAGCGACGGCGCCCGCAGCAAGCUCGUCUUCUUCGGCGACAACCCCGAAGCCGAAGACGACAGCGAUAGCAGCACCGGCGGCCACAGAAGGACGACAUCCAAACCGAAGUGCAAGUUCGAGCUGGACGAGCUUCUCCGAGCGUCGGCAGAGAUGGUGGGCCGAGGCAGCCUCGGAACAGUCUACAGAGCGGCGCUCCCCGACGGGCGAACGGUGGCCGUGAAGCGUCUCCGGGACGCGAACCCGUGCGGCCGCGACGAGUUCCGCCGCUACAUGGACCUCAUCGGCCGGCUCCGCCACCCGAACCUCGUCCCGCUCCGCGCCUUCUACUACGCCAAGCAGGAGAAGCUCCUCGUCUACGACUACUUCCCCGGCUCCAGCCUCCAUCGCCGCCUCCACCCCUCUUCUUCUUCCCCGGCGCCGGCGCCGGCGCCGCUGGGCUGGGCGAGCCGGGUGCGGCUGCUUUUGGGCGCGGCGCGCGGGCUGGCUUGCAUCCAUGGCGAGUACCGCGGCGCCGCCAUCCCGCACGGCAACGUCAAGUCCACCAACGUGCUGCUGCUGGACGACGAACGCGGGGGAGUACGCGCCAUGGUCGCCGACUUUGGGCUGGCCCUGCUCCUCAGCCCGGCCCACGCCGUGGCCCGCCUCGGGGGCUACACCGCUCCGGAGCAGCGUACCGGGCCGCCGCGGCUGUCGCAGGAGGCCGACGUGUACGGCUUCGGCGUUCUGAUCCUGGAGGCGCUCACCGGCAGAGUCCCCGCCGCGCAGGAAGACGACGGAAGGAACGAGCAGAGGAGAGAAAAGCGGCAGAGUCCGGUGGUGAUGAGCUUGCCGGAGUGGGUGAGGUCGGUGGUGAGGGAGGAGUGGACGGCGGAGGUGUUCGACGUGGAGCUGCUGAGGGAGAGGGGCGUGGAGGAGGAGAUGGUGGCCGUGCUGCACGUGGCGCUGGCGUGCGUGGCCGAGGCGCCGGCGCAGAGGCCCGCCAUGGCUGACGUCGUGAGGAUGCUCGAGAGCGUGCCCGUCGACGACCCGGAGGAAGAGGAGGGCUCCGUGUCGCUGUCCGGUGGUGUGACCACGGAGGACGAUGCCCUCAGCUACUGAAAGUUUAGCUCAGCAUCUGCAAUUCUGCAUUGCUGUUACUGUUCUUCUGUGUAGCUAAGCUAGUCUUGUUGAUCCGGCUAAUUUUUUGAGUACUUGUGGUUUAAUCGACCGGUGUUCUUCGUUGAUACUUUCGCUCUAGACGUUUUGCUUGAUUCUGUUGAUAAUGUGUCUAGGUUUUCGAUC